AUGAAUGAUACGGAGGGGCUGGUCUAUUCUGCGCAGGACGUAGAUCUAUUCAAUGAAUUUCCAAAACUGGAAGGCAAAUCCAACUGGGAAGUCUGGAAGUAUCAGUUUUACGCGGCUCUCAACACAGUGCACCCUAUGUAUGCCAAGGUCGUCUUUCAAAACAAACAACCCCCAGACCCGCCGGCCUAUCUCAGCAUUCGACCAAAAGACGUGAUUCGUGCCGCCAUAGAAGACAAGCUUGGUGUUGGCCAGACCUUCGAAGAAUACGGACAUGCGUUCACUGUUACGAAGCAAAUCUUGAAAGAAAAAGAGGCCGAAAUCAAAGAGAAGAACAAGGCCCUGCUGGAGGACUUCGAGAAGAAGAAAGACAGAUGGAUGAAUGUGAAUCACAGGGCUUGGAUUUUCCUCCAUGUUUGCAUUCAACGAGGACCAAGGACAUUCAUCAAGGGUAUUUCCGAUCCUCGAGAUGCGUUUCUCACCCUCGAAGCGCAGUUUGCCCCACCUCACUGGGUAUCGACUGUCCGAAGCUUCAACAAAUUGAGCGAAAUUUGCUAUGACGGCAGCAAUCCAAUGGACUUCGUCCGAAACUUCCAAGAGAAGCUACAGUACUUGACAGAAUUCACCGGCAGCAUCCCCUCCGGUCUGGAGUUGUGUCUGUUCAUCAAAAGCAUCGCUGCCAAUUCUCGUUACGAGCCAAGUGACUGGGACCCGGAGACCGCUGAUCUGGAAUCUCUGUGUUUGGAUUUUAUUCAAUUUGAGACAACAAAGCGAGAAUAG